AUGACCAAACAGAACAUGGAGUCACAGUCUGCUACAAUCAAGCGUCUUGAGACAACCGUUGGACAACUCUCAGGGACCUUGAACCAGAUGCAACAGCAGCAACAACCAGGGAAGCUCCAUGGCCAAGGAUUGCAACCUCAUCAAGCUCAAGCUGUCACAGUCCUACGGAGUGGAAAGAAGGUGGACAACAAAGUGGAGAUCCCUACUGACGAGCUCCCUAAGGAAACUUGUGAGGAGGAGAUGGUGAAAGAAGUACCCCCACCGAGAGAAGAAGAGCAGCAAGGAGAGCCCUCGGUGAAGCUUCACAAGGCCACCAAGCCUUACAGACCACCGAUCCUGUACCCAGGUCAGUUGAGGAAUGAGAAGCAAGAUCAACAAUUCACCGACUUCUACAACAUGUUGGCAAAGGUGAAUGUCAACUUGCCACUUCUGGACGUGAUCAGAAAUGUCCGGGCCUAUGUGAAGUUCUUUAAGGAGCUGGCGUCCAAGAAGAGGAAGUUUGUUGACAACGAGAAGAUUCUUGUGUCCGAGGUUGCCAAUUCCAUCAUGCAACAGCCCUUGCCACCCAAGCAACGAGAUCCAGGUAUUUUUGUUAUCAAUAUUGCUUUGGGGAAUGGUAAGGAGGCCUCGGAUAGAUCAGUUAGGUAUCCUCGUGGGGUCAUUGAGGAUAUUUUAGUUAGAGUGGGUGGUUUAAUCGUGCCUGUCGAUUUUGUUGUGCUUGAAAUAGGAGAAGUUCAUGAGAAUGGCAAGGAACAUACUUUACUGCUAGGAAGACCAUUCAUGGCCACCACUAACACGUUGAUUGAUGUGAAAAAUUGA